ACACACACACACACACACACACACCGAGUGUCUCUUGGAUCAGUGUCUCGCACUGAAACCACCUUUAAUCCAGGUUUUACCUUCACUGCCCACCUGUGUAAUGCAGGAGCCGUAGGAUCCGUGUGUGUGUCUGUGUGUGUGCAGACACGCAGGAAUGGAUGCAGACAGUAACCGUUGUGUGCGCAGGGUGUCGACAGGUAACCAGCGUUAGCUGAGGAAAACGGGACUACACCUUUACCGUGUUUUUCUGCGCCUCCCCGCGGGUGAAGCUCCCGCUCCCGUCGCUGUUCUUGUCGGGUGUACCCGCCGCUCCUGCCCUCACCGCCGGACUCCACUGCAGUGUUCGUAUCGGCAGAAGAAAUGUCGGAGGGAAAAACGGACGUUCCCAACGACCUGUUCGAGAGUGUGCGGGACGCUGUGGGUCGGAGGGUGAAACUGACCCUGAGGCGCAAAGUCCAGCUGGAGGUCAAAGGUGACAAGGUGGAGAACAGAGUGCUGGCCUUGGCGUCACAUCGGGUCUAUCUGCUGACAGCUCGGGUCCCAUCCAAGGUUGAACAGUCCUUCAGUUACCUGGAUAUUCAGGGCGUCAGCAGCAACAAGCCCACCCAGUUGGUGCUGGAGCAUGAGCGCGGUCCAUGGAGCCUCCGGCUGGGCUCGGUGGACGAAGUGGACGAGGUGAUCGCUCACAUCGGCACCUGUCUGCACCGAAUCUGCCCCACGGGCUCACCUGUAAAGGUGAUGAGGAAGCUGAGCUUGAAGCCUCCGGAGAGGACGGCAGCUCUUCAGGCCGUCUGGGACGACCAGGGCUCGGCUGAUCUGGGACCCUGUGGCGGGUUCUCUCAUCAGUACUGGUGUGUAUGUGAUUACCUGGGUCUGCCGUACAGAGAGGAGGUCCAAUGGGACGUGGACACCAUCUAUCUCACUCAGGACACCAGAGAGCUCAACCUGCAGGACUUUAUUCACCUGGAAAACAGGGAUUUGGUGGCGAUCAUCGCAGCUCUGGAGUACAACCAGUGGUUCAGCAAACUCUCCACCAAAGACUACAAACUGCCGACGGACGUGUGCGACCAGAUCCUCAGAGUGGUGGCUCGGUCCAGCCGGCUGGAAGAGCUGGUGCUGGACAACGCUGGCCUCAAAAGUGAUUUUGCUCAGAAACUGGCCAGCGCUCUGUCACAAAACCCCGCCUCCACGCUACACACACUCAACCUGAGCAACAACUCACUGGAGGACAAAGGUGCUGCUGCUCUGAGCGCUCAACUCACCAAACUGCCCAUGGGCCUGAAGCACCUGAACCUCAGCAGGACUUCCAUGUCUCCUAAAGGUGUGAACAGCCUCUGUCAGGCUCUCUGUGCCAACCCAGCUGUCGCCACCACCCUCACGCACCUCGACCUGUCGGGAAACUCACUCAGAGGCGACGACCUGCCGAACCUGCACAGCUUCCUGAGUCACUCCAACUGUGUGGAGACUCUCGAUCUGUCCAACAGCGACUGCUCUCUGGAGCAGGUGUGUGCGUCUCUGCUUCGAGGAUCUUUGAAGCAUCUCUCUGUCCUCAACAUGUCAAAGACAGUCUUCUCUCACAGGAAGUGUAAAGAAAUCCCUUCGACCUUCAAACAGUUCUUCAGCAGCGCUCAGGCUCUGAGCUCAGUCAGUCUGUCCGGGACCAGGCUGCCCCUGGAGGCUCUGAAGGCCUUGUUGUUGGGACUUGGAUGCAACCCAAACCUCAGCGACGUGUCUCUGGAUCUCAGCUGCUGUGAGCUGCGUUCAGCAGGCUCCCAGAUCCUGGAGGGUUGUAUCGCUGAGAUCCCCAACAUUUCCAGUUUGGACAUUUCUGAUAAUGGUCUGGACAUGGAUCUAACCACUCUGCUGGUCUGGCUGGCUAAGAACCGCUCCGUCAGACACCUGUCACUGGGAAAAAACUUCAACAACAUCAAGUCCAAAAAUGUGGCUGCCGUCCUGGACAACCUGGUUCACAUGAUUCAAGAGGAGGAAUCACCGCUGACCUCACUGUCUUUGGCUGAUUCCAAGCUGAAGUCCGACCUCUCCAUCGUCCUCAAUGCUCUGGGCAGCAACGCCUCUCUGACCAAACUGGACAUCAGUGGAAACGCCAUGGGAGACAUGGGGGCCAAGAUGCUGGCCAAAGCCCUGCAGAUCAACACCAAACUCAGGACAAUAGUGUGGGACAGAAACAACAUCAGCCCUCAGGGUCUACAGGACAUCGCUGCUGCUCUGGAGAAGAACUACACCAUCCGUUUCAUGCCUGUUCCCAUCAUGGACGCUGCUCAGGCACUGAAGGCGAACCCAGAGAAGACAGAGGACGCCUUACUCAAGAUGGAGCAGUACCUCCUGAGGAACCAUGAGACACGUAAAUACCUGCAGGAGCAGGCGUACAGGUUGCAGCAGGGAAUAGUCACCACCACCACACAACAGAUGAUGGAUAUGAUGUGUGUGAAAGUGCAGGAUCACCUGAACUCUCUGAAGUUCACAGAGACUAACCCAGUUCAGGAGGACAUGAAGGUGGCAGAAAACCUCAUGAAGGACGCCAGGAACUCCAAGACACUCCUCCCCAACCUGUACCACCUGAGGAGUGGGGGGGGCAGGGGCACAUGUGUUGGAGCUAUUCAGGACAAACUGGAGUCGAUGGCUGGAGAGGUGGCCAGGGUGAUGGACGAACAGCUGCAGACCAUGCUGGUGUCCAUGGUGGACGCUGCUGAGGGCCUGUGUCCUCACGUGAUGAAGCGGAGCAGCCUUCGUCAGGAGCUGCUGAAGGCUGGAACAGGGAGGAUGACCGUUCCCCGCAGCUUCAUCACCACCACGCUGCUGGAGCAGUCCGGGGUCGACAUCAUCAACAAGAUCAGUGAAGUGAAACUCAGCAUGGCAUCAUUUCUGUCUGAUCGUAUUGUGGACGAGAUCCUGGAGUCUCUGUCCAGAUCACAGCACACUCUGGCCGACCACCUCAUCAGGAGGGGUCAGCCUCUGCUGCACCAGGAGCCUCCGAUGGAGACAGAGGUCCUGGAUGAGAUGGUUCUGCAACCAGAGAACCAUGAGCAGGAGCGGAACAAGAGCCAUGACCGAGACCGGAAACAUGGGCUGCAGGAUAUGGACACCUGCAUGAUGACUCCUAAAUCCAAGAGGAAGAGUAUUCUGGUCAGGAUGCUUCGCCCCGUCUCUGUGGCAUUUGAGAUGGAGUUUGACCUGGACAAAGCUCUGGAGGAGGUUCCUAUCCAUGUUGAGGACCCCCCUCUACCUCCGCCUCCUUCACAAUCAUUGGACAGAAUGUCAGCCUACUACGGAGACCUCCCUCCUCCCCCAACUUCACCGGACACAAAGCCUGUCUCUCUGGGUGAGCUGCCGUCUGUGGAUCACAUGACGCUGGAGCAUCACACCAAACUACGACCAAAACCCAAGAAAAGGACAAAACCCAGCCGACCACCGCGGGAGGCCGCCGGCAGCUCGGCGCCACAAGAGGCAGAGCCGAACAACAUCAUGGGAAAGCUGGACGAGGGCCUGGAUGACUUUUUCUCCAAGAAAGUCAUCAAACUCAGCUUCAAACUUCCCUCGGUCAGAGGUUCAUCCUCAAGCGCGCAGGAACCAGCAGAUAAGAAACGUGAGUCCAGAAAGAGCGGUUUCUUUAACCUCAUCAAAUCCCGGACGUCCCGCUCAGAGAAGAGCCACGGAGCCGCCUCCAUCACCCCGCCCCACCCUGCCUCCUCCAGCACCACCACACCCUCUUUUCCUGUUAGCCCAGUGACUGAGGAGGUGACUCCAACAUCCCCCACGUUGCCCAUGAAAAACUCUGCAGUCGUGGUGGAGCCCCAUCAGGAGGUCCACAGGGCUCAGUCCCGGAACCACACGGAUUCUGAGAAAGAGGCCUGUCCAACUGCUGCUGCUGCUGCUGCUGAGGAGGAGAGGGAGGAGGAGAAUGAGGAGAAGGAGUGUGUGGAGAAGAAGGAGAAUGCAGAGAAGAAGGAGAACCCAGAGAAGAAGGAGAACCCAGACAAGAAGGACCACCCCCACAUACCCCGCCAUAUUGGGGUUCCUGUGAUGAGAAUGGACCUGCUGGCUGAGAUGAAGGCCAGACAGGAGAGGAUGGCUGUAAAGAAGUCUGAGUCAUCGUCCUUGCUGGACAAGGUGGAUGGUGACAAAGCCAAGUCAGACAUCCACCACGCUGUCCCAGCAGACACUGAGGAGUCCAGACCGGAGCCGUCUCCCAGGGUCAAACCACCAAGCGUCACCCCCAAACCGCCUCCACCCCAGACCACCAAGCUCCCGCUGGGACCCCACAACUCGGGUCCCACCAGUCCAAUCAGUCCCAGGCCAAGCAGCACCAACAUUCAUGAUGACUCCGCCGAGGCCCCAGCAGGCAGCUCUGCUGCUAAAGGACCACUUCCUGCUCCUCGCCUGAAGAGGGCGCCAUCGGAGCAGGAGCGAGAGAGCACCAGCAGCAGCAGCCCCACUGGACCCCUGUCUCCACUGGACGUUGCGUUUUCUGGAGACGGCGGCGAUGCGUUUGACCCACCGGGUGCAGGCACCGAGCCUGGUGCCGGCAGCCGACAGUGGUCGUCUCUGAAGAACUCAGCCAGUCCACCUACUGCCAGGGAGGACGACCGAGAGCGCGCCAAGUCCCUCCCUGCUUAUGUGAGGCCUCCAUCUCUGGCAGACACAGAUCUCAGUCCAGCUGAGGACAAGAUUCAAACUGCUGAUCUCAAGUCUGACAGCAAAACAGAGGACGGGUCCGGUGACGACACUCCUUCGGUCUCAAGCCAACAAGACGUUUAGAGUCUUUUAAAUCCCGGAGGUCCUUUCUGCUCCAGAGAAGCUUUAAGGAGGACAAUCACAGGCGUACAGUCAAAAGCACAGACGGUGAAAAUAACUCAAUUUAUCUUUUUUUUACAAUCACUGAGGAGGCACAUAGAAGCAGGACAGGGGGACUGUAAAACUUUUUGCACGCGUCAUGCGGUUAUCAGAGGAGUUUCCUGACCUGGGAUCAGUCCGGCUGCCUGGCCAACAGUUCCAUUACUCCCUCUGUCAACAGCUCUAAUAGGACCAUAAAGAGCCGACCAGAUGGGUUUUACCUGGUGCAGAGACAAUCUGCGGUUACUUAGAAAACCAGGUCCGGCUAUAAAAAGCUGAGUUAGUCCAAAGCACUGAGGAGAAUGACUCUGGCUGUCUAAGUAGGUCCAGAGUGAAGCAGUGUAGUUUUACUGUAUUUACAUUCUGCAGAUAAACUGUAGCUGUUACAUAAAUCAUCUGGAGACAUGACUCUACAUGACACUGUAAAGAAGUUUUUUAUCCUCCAAACUUUCACUCCUCAUCUUUUAACAGCAGAUUCUUCACAGAUUAGAAAAUGUUUAGACGAUCAGGGGGCAGCUGUCAGCAGAAAUGUCCUGCAGCUCUUUACGAAUGUGUUUCUCCUCCUGCAUGAUGUGAACAGAAACCUCAGUGUGUGGAGACGAAGAGCCGCUGAUACUCAUUGGCUGAGUUUUUCCUUUGUUGCUCCACCCACUGAGGUUUUAAUUAACCAAUGAGAUUAUUUCUGCCAAAAGCUAAAACCUCCAUUUGAAAACUUUUUUUUAUUUUUAGUGACGGGAGACAUUAGAACUUUUCAGUACCUUUUCUUUUCUGCCAUCACAAGUCAAAGUGUCAGUGGUUAGAAGAUAAAAUGUAAAUGUUGAUUCCCUCAGAUUCAUAUUUUACACCUGCUGCUGCUGCUGCAUCCUCACACAUCAUGCCUUACUGCAUACUGAUUUCUGUUAAUCAUCUACUGCUGCACUUACAAAUGUAUUAUGUAUCAAUGUAAAUAUGUACUAACAUUAAGGUUUAAGGUUCUGCUGAUAAAAUAAAUGGGGUUUAAUCAGAGUUAAAUACAGAAACUCUGGGGUUUAUGUUGGAUUAUGAGCAGAAAUCUGAUUUAUAAUCAAUGACACAUGCUGCUGAAUCUGCAUGGGUUUUCAUUUAAGAUACAUGGUGACGGUUUUCAUUUUAUUGGGAAAAUAUUUUUAAGAAAAAAUAGCUUUUUUAAAAAAAAAUAAAAUUCAGUUAAAUAAUGCUUUUUAUUGUUUAUAUGUUAGUGGAUCUACGAGCCUGGAAAUGUGACAUCAAGCUGUCAGAUGUUUCUGUAUUUGUAUGUUUAUACCAAUAAACACUGUUUUACUG